CCAAUUUUCAGAAGCAUGUUUAGCAGUCUCAUCCAUUUCCCUGGCUACAAUAUGUGCCUGGAAGGCAAAGAUCCAGUGCCUCCAUUUAUUGACCGAAGAUGGAGAGGGAGGGCUCAGCAAUGCCUGGAAGCUCUUCAGCUGCUUGCUGUAGCUCAACCUUCUCUUCAGAUACCUCACAUUGUGUAUGAAGAUCCUGAAGUCUGUGGAAGAAAUCGCUAUAAAUACUUUGGACGACCUCUCAUCCCUUUUAAUAAGCCGUUUCCACUAAAUGUUUCCUAUGCAAUGCCAAAGACAGAGCCCUAUGUUUAUUCAGCUACCAGAAAUGGCAGGGUCUUUGGUCCCCAGUUACGAACUCUGGGUACACAGACAGAUUACAGGGAUGGUGAAGCCCAGACUGACCCCUAUUCCCCUGAAUAUGUAGUUGUCUCUGGCUCAGUCCCUGAACUUCUGACACUUGCUACUCUCACUUGGGGUCGAGGGCUACCAGCAGGACUAGCCGAGGUGGAGAUGAUUGAACGUGCCCGGGAAAAACGAGCUUGGGAAGCAACUCUUCCACCCCUGGACAAUGCCUCCCAAAUUGCAAAGAGGAGGAAAAUGAUGGAUGAUAUGGAGAAGAAGGAGUGGGCCUUUAGAGAACAGGAAAUAGAAAAGUUGCAGGAGGUUCGACUGGAAGUCUUAAAGAAGCUGCUGUGGAGGAGAGAGGAGAAGCAGAAUGAGUUGAAUGUCAAGUGCUUGGAUGCCCACUGGCAAAAUUAUCAAAAGGCUAAAGAAGAGAAAGUAAAAAAAAAUCAGCAUGAGUGUGCACUGAUGGUCAGAAAACUGAUAGCUAAGAGGAAGAACGUGGGAGGGAAGCUGGAGAGACGAGAUAUCAUCACAGACUAUGCUGACUUUGCAUCACAAACACAUGCUCCUUUGUCUAGAAUUGGUUAUUUCCCAGACAACCAUUCUGAACGCUACAUGGUAAAAAACUACUAUCUUAACACAUUUGCAGGAUUGUGUCAGCUGGAAGCAUCUCUCCCAGAUUCUGUCACCCAAGUCCAGAUUAACGCUCCAAAACCUAAAUGCACUACCACUAAGACUGGAUUUAUUAAAAGAUCAGCAAGGCUAGAGGCAGAGUUGGCACAAGUUCACCAGGCACUACUGGACAAGAAGAAUAAAGUCAAGGAGCCAAAGAAGCCCCUUCGUUUCCUUGAAAAAGUAGAAAAACCUGUUCCUCGCCCCCCGACGCCAACCCUGGAAAAACCAUCAGUCGAGGAAGAGGAGACAGAACUGGCAGUGAUUUGUUUGCAGAAAUUGCUCCGAGGAAGAGCUAUUCAGAACAUGAUGUUUGAAGGGAAGGAAAAGCGACUGGAACUGAUUCAAGAGUUGCGAACCACUCACGCACUUCAGGAGGACGUCCAGCUGCUUAUGAAGGCAGAGAAGCAAGCGACACUGGCCUUACAGCAACAGCAUGACUUGCAAAUGCACAAGCUAUCACAAAUGGAAAACCACUUGGCCUGGGCAGAAGGAAGGACACUGGCGAACAUGUUUGAUUUCCUCUCUAAAGAGCUGUUGAGGCUACAAGAAGAGCGGAAGAUCCAUGCUUUUGUCAUGCUGGCUGAGAGGCAGCGGCGAAUGCGGGAAGCAGAGGAGAGUGGACGCCGCCAAGUAGAAGAGAUGCAACGGCAGGAAGAGGAUGAGAUUUUCAGACAGGUGGUCAAAGUGCACCAGAGCACUGUUGACUCCUACUUGGAAGACAUUAUCUUGAGCAGCAUGGAGAAAACAGCUGAAGAACAAGCCAGGGAAGAGAUUCAGAGAAUGGCUGUAGAAAUCAAUGACAUUGCGUACGAAAUGGAAAAUCGUCGAACUCACCUACAGUCAGAAGAGAUUGUAGCAGAGCUGGUUUAUAGUUUCCUGAUUCCAGAGGUUGAGAAAAUCUCUGUCAAAGAGAAAGUGAGGCAGGCCCAAAGAAAACACAUCAAUGCUGCUCAUCAAAUCAUCCACAGGGACACAGAGAGAGUAGUGGCUGAUCUGGCUUUGCGUCAGGAGCCGUCUGCUAGCGAGAUAAAGGGAGAUUCUCCUACUGCGACAGCUAGCACCGCUUCAAGCAGGACAACUGCUGGAUUGAGCACAGUCACACAUGAACUAUCUAAAGUUCCAGGUGACAAAAGCCCAGGAGAGACAGCAGAGACCCAUUCGGAUGUAUCAGACAUGGAUACCCCAGCUUCCUAG